GAUCCAUUUUGUUAGGUUAGGUAGAUGUGAUUUUAUGUUCCCGCAGAAAAGAGUUGCGUCUCUUUUGAUGUGAUCAUAAACAAGCGGAAAACGAUUACAACGAUUACCAGCAUAAGUGGCCAGCAGAAUGUCCGACGCCGAGAUGAAAGCGAUGGAGGAUUCGAACGACGAUUCCAUGGAAGCCGCGGAAGAUAACGACCAUGGCAAGAGCAAAGAUGCUGGAUCAGACGCGGAGGAAAGUUCCGAUGAUAGUGAAAUGGAUGAUGAUGACGAUGACGACAACGAUGCAGCGGAGGAAGCCCGCCAGAUCAAACAGUAUCUGGAACUGUUGGGUAAGAUCCAGGAGGACAAGUACAACUAUGACACCUACGUGCAGCUGCUGGAGAUCGCGCAUCAAAUGACCGAUCUGGACAAAAUUCGCCAGAGCGCGGAGAUAUUCGCCGAGGUGUACCCACUUUCGCCGGAGAUUUGGUUGCGUUGGUUGAAGAUCGAAGCGGCGAUGGCGUCGUCGCCGGAACAGAUUAAGCAAGUGGAUGCCCUGUUCCGACGGGCCCUAGGCGAUUACUUCUCGGUGGAGGUUGCAUUGGAAUAUGCGAACCUGGCGGCGAAAGCCGAUAAAGACCAGUCGGAGGCCAUUUGGGACGUGCUGAUUCCGACCUAUGGAUUGCACGUCACCAAAGGAAGGGCCAUUUUCGAGGCGUAUCGGGAAGAUUUCCUGGGGAAGAAUGAAGAUUCGCCGGAUCGUUUGAACCGGUUGGCUCGAAUCUACGAGCAGGAACUGAAGAUUCCACUGAAGAACAUGGAGGAUUCUUACAUAGAGUACAAGCUGCUCUGCGAGAAGUACAAGGACACCCUGCAGGACCUGAAUCCAGAGAAGUUCGAGCGGCGAUAUCGACAGGCGAAGGAACUGCUGCAGAAAAUGCUUCCGUUCGAAGAUAGACUGGUGAAGCUGGAGCCGCACUGCCACCAAGAGCGAGCGGAACUUUAUAGGGAAUACAUCCGGGAAUGUAGAUCCCAGUUGGGCGACGAUGAAACUCAGGUUCUGUAUGAGCGAUCCGUGACGGAUUGUUGCUUGGAUCCGACUGUGUGGUGCGACUACCUGAAAUAUCUGGACAAGUAUCCACCGGACGAGGAGGAGGAUUCGGCUUCACCGGUCUUCAGCCAGACGACGGAAAUGCUGGUUAACAGAGCCUUGAGGAAUUGUCCCUGGAGUGCGGAGCUGUACGUGGAGAAGCUGAGAAUCUUUGAGCGGGAGAAGCGUGACAAGGCGGAUGUGCUUAAGAUUAUGGAGGAAGUUGCUACGGUGGAGUUCCAGGCGCCGGAACCGGCUGUGAAGGUGUGGUUGGAAUAUCUGACCUAUUUGAGGCGGCAUGCCAACUUCGAGGACGAGAAGGAACGGGACAUAUUGAGGUCAAACUUCGAGCUGGCGUGGAAUCAACUGGGAAGGACUUGGGGCGAGUUGGCUGAUCCAGAGUGCAAGAUUCUGCAAUUCUGGGGAAGACUGGAGUACUGCUUGCUGGGCGAUCCGUUGAAGGGUCGCGAGUUGUGGCAGAAUGUGAUGGAUAGUUCGGAUAAUUGUACGCGAGUGGGACUGUGGAUCGAAUAUGCCGAGUUGGAAUCCAGACGAGGAACAGAUCCGGUGAGGAAAGUUUACCGGAAGGCCAUUGGAGCCGUUGGACUGAACGAUCCGGAAACGCUGGCCGCGGCUUGGAUGAGAUUCGAGAGGUGCAACGGCUCUCUGGAACAGUUGGCCAGUUGCCAGGAACUCUGCAUGGCCACUAUCCAAGCGUAUUACAAAACCCUAAGCCAGCAACGGUUCGCUAAAGGACGUCGAUCCGAUCCGAAAAAGGAUUCCGAUGCCAACGAAUCACCGAAGAAGAAACAACUUAAAAGACCUCAUGAAGAACAGCCAUCUGCCGACGAAACGGCCUUCAAGAAACCCAGCAUUCCGUCAGGGCCAUCCGUUAACAAAAAGCAAGAACCGUCCCUGGAAGACACAACCAAGCGUAUUCGAUUGGACGAACCCAAGUCCGUUGAUACCUCCAACGACAACCGGCGACUGUUUUUCAGUAAUCUGAGCUUCGAUGCCACGGAAGACCAGAUUCGAGCCACCUUCCCUGAACUACACUUCAAAUCCAUCGAACUGGUGCAUGGUUCCAGUGGCAAAAGCCGAGGCUUUGGUUACGCCGAAUUCGACAGUGAGCAGGACGUCAAAAAGGCCCUAAGCUUCGAUCGGAGACCCCUUGACGGCCGCCCGGUGUUCAUCUCGUCCCUAGCCCGGGACAAAUCCGCCCGUCAGAACAAGUUCAAAUACUCGGAACAGUUCGAACCGAACAAACUGUUCGUCAAAGGCUUACCCUUUGAGGCGACCGGUGACGACGUCCGGAAGCUAUUUGAACCAUACGGAAAGCUCCGGGACGUCCGGGUGGUUUACUACCGCAGCGGAAAAAGCAAAGGAUUGGCUUACGUGGAAUACGAAACGGAAGUGGCAGCCAAGAAUGCCGUCAUCCACCUGGACCAACACAACAUGAACGGAUUCACCAUAACGGUGGCUCUGUCCGCUCCUCCUCCGAGGGGCAAUCCAACUGCUACGGCGCCGAUGGCAAAGGAUGUGGAGCAAAGUGGCAGCUUGGGCGCUGGGAAGCGACAUCUGGUGAAAGGUGACGCCAAGAUGAAGCUGUCUUCGAUGAUUCCGACAGCAUUGCUCAGAAAAACUGCCACCGCGGGAUCAUCGGGAAGCAGCGCUUCUCCAGCCGUUACCACGGACAAACCAAAAUCUAACGAGGAUUUCCGGAAGUUACUGCUUAAAAAGUAACUGGUACCUAAAUGUUAUUAAUUGUUCCUUGUUUCGUGUUUGUGUGUGUGCAGUGCAUUCCCGACGACAAAAAGGAUGUUUCUUUUCCGUUCUAUCGGAAGCAUUACCAAUGGUUACAAUCCUUACAGAAUUAUUACCAUCACAAAGUGUAUAUUUUUGUGAACCUGUUCUAAACCUAACAAUAAAGAAUCAAUAAUAUAACGCUUA